AAGCGCCAGUGGUGACCGCACUUUAGAUUCCUUUUCAGUGUCUAGUUCAUGAUAACUGGUUAAUGGUACAGUAUGUUGUCAGAGCUGGAGUGCGGAAUAUGUUAUCAGCUUUACAAUGUUGGCCGGCGUUGUCCUCGGCGUCUGAGGUGUCAACACAGCUUUUGCGAAAGCUGCCUACUGACGCUCGCGCACCACACGGAAGACUCUGACACCGGGCCCAGGAUAGUCUGUCCGUUUUGCCGAGGCGCCACAAAUUUGACAGAGGCGAGACUGAGCGAUAACUUCCCAGUGGAAGAAGAGAUUCUAGGACGACUUUUGACAGCAGGAGCCCUUGAGGAAAAAUCGUGCGACGAUGAGACUGGGGAGGGGCAAAAGACAGAGACAUCUAGUCCAUGUGAAAGUGGUGGUUUACCGAGGUCUAAGAAGGGACGCUUGUGGAAAAGCAUGAAGAGUCUGUACACGAAAGUUACAGGACGGAGUCGGGAAAGUUGUAUUACUCAUACGGAAAUGCGAGAUCUGGCACUGAUGUCUUGCUAUAUGAUGUAGCCUAAAGGAAGGAACGAACCCUUAAGUUGUCCGUCACGUCGAAGUUUUGGAUUGGCUCCACUGCUGAAAUGGAUCAUAUCAAAGCACAACGUGAAGCUUCUAGUUACAAGUUUCAUAACGGACUACACAUCCCAAAGG